GAAGCAGAGCGUGGAAUGUUGGUACAUUGUUGUUGUUUUGUAGUUAAUUUAGUACGAGGAUACACCGCUGCCCGGCCGCUGCUGGACGGUUUUAUACCCACUGUGUCAAGUUACUCCGCCGCCUGUGUCGGAAACCCACUCUGCCAGUUUUCACGCAUCACGGUCCACAGAUAUCCGCGUCCACAGAGUGUGUCUUCUGUGAGAUUCUGGCCAGUUGUCUGCAUGCAGGGAAUGACGACUCAUUUUAAGACGAGCAAAGCUUUAAAGGUCAAGAAGGAGGUGGGUGAGAAUGCCCCGGCACUCAGCGACGAUGAAUUGGUGGCCAUGUCCGUGCGGGAGCUCAACCAGCACCUGCGUGGGCUGACCAAGGACGAUGUCGUGAGGUUGAAGCAGAGGCGAAGGACCCUGAAGAACCGUGGCUACGCCGCCAGCUGCCGCAUCAAACGUGUCACCCAGAAGGAGGAGCUGGAGAGACAAAAGAUAGAGCUGCAGCUCGAGGUGGACAAGCUGGCCCGCGAGAAUGCCAGCAUGAGGCUGGAGCUGGAUGCCCUGCGAGCCAAGUACGAGGCCCUGCAGUGUUUUGCCCGGACUGUGACCCGCGGGCCCCUCUCGCCAGGCAAGGUGGCCACCACCAGUGUCAUCACUAUCGUCAAGUCGGCCAACCACAACAACAACAACUCCAGCCCGACCCCGUUCUCAACUCUCUCCUAGUGUUGACAGGACUGGGCUCUACUUCUCCUGCCUGGUCCUUCCCGGUUCUGACCCAGCCUGAACCCGCUCAUCCUGUACUGAGAGGACGCUCAGUAGUUAGACUGAGGGAUGGGAUGGGGUGGCAAGCUCUAUGUGAUGUUAUGCUGCAUUCACAACUCUGUCUCUCUCCUUCCGUCUUUAUUACACAAUCUACAUUGUCUGUGCACUGUGCAACCCCCCCCCCCUCCCUGACCCCCCCAGCACCGGCAGGGUACUGGGCCUCUGUGACCCGUCCUUCACGACUGUUAGCAGAGAUUUGCUCCUUACUCCAGUGUGAAAAAGUAUUUGACAUGCCUUAAUAUGGCAGCACUGGCCUGGGACUGCUCUUAUGCUACUAAGCAUAAAACUUGAGAGAUUUAAGUAGUGACAUAUGUGACAGUAAAGCUAAUCACAUUUUCUUUACAUAGAAGUGUCUCAAUGUAAAUUGAGCCUUUGACGCUGUUGCCUUAAAAGUGAUCAAUAUAAAUUAUAACAGAAUACUGACAUGUAGGUUGACACAAAGAGGAUUAACCGUUCCAGCUUUGAGGCCUCUUCAUACAAACCAGUGGUCUCCAUCCAGUUGCCUUUAAGAGCCAGCCAAACAUAACAGCAGAUGUUUUCACUGAUUAGCUCCUCUUCUCUUUUGGAAGGUGUGAAGCUGUAAAAUCACCUGUCGUAGUGUUUUGGUUCAGAGUUAUAACCUGCCUACACAUGGCUCUCUGUGGCCCGUUUGGAGAGCACUGCAUUAUGCAGUUUGAUAACUGACCAAUGUUCCGCUAAAGGCCUCUCGCUAUUGUUUAUAUUUCUGCCUUGGUUAUGCAAAGUUUAACUCUGUGGUCAUGCCAAAUAGCUUGUUUAGUAUGUAAAAGGAAAAGUAAUGGUCGAGAACAGCAGUCAGUACACUUCGGUAAAGGCUUUCAGACGUGUGCUGAUGAUGGUAUCGGAGUUUUGAAGUAGUGUUUUUCAUUUUUGUUUGAAGAGUUCAAACUCAAUCAUUAGGCCAGAAUUUGUAUGCAAGCCUUUGCUGGACUGUAUCGACUCCCCUUGUAGAAUAUUAUUAAAGAUGGCCCCUUUCUCUCUUGUAGGCAAAAGUACAAAGUACUUUAAAAGCUGAUUUACAUCAGGUAAAUCAGCUUUUAAAGAGGCAUAGAUGAUGCUUCUUGAAAUUGUUGUGCAUCCAUGAAUUGCUUGGCGUGUGUUGGUAGUUUGGGUGAGAAAUUGUUGGUUGUUAUUUAGUCUGUCGGUGGGGCUGGAAAGUGUUGUUAGCUAUGAUGCUAAAGACAUCAGAGGGUGUUGGGCAGGUGCUGCAAGUGAUUCUGUUGGUAUCUUUGAGGCCUUUUGAAUAGUACUCACAGUUUCCGCUCUAAUAUUUUUAAAAGGAAAAGAGGUGAAUACAUGUUUUCCACAGAUUGGAAAGCUAUUUGAUUAAAAAGGUAUACUUAGAAAGAGAAAAAAGCCGAGUUGGAAAGUGAUUAAGGAGCAUUUUGGGCCAGAUUUGUCUGGAGUCUGAAGAUUUGACAUUGCCCGGUGUCUAUCAUUAUAAAGCACUUAAAAGGAAACUGUUAAGAUGCAGUAUAAAAGUAACAGGGCAACUGAUUCCUAGAAUUGAAUAAGAUGACAGAUAGAAACUGUUCUUGCAUUUAUGACGUCAGUGGGGCUUAAUGGCAUGAUGAUUAAAUGUGGUGUGACCACCUCCUCUAAGGUCAAGCCUAUUGUAAGUAAGGAUCCUCUCUGAUAUGUUUGCCACAGCACUUACUGGGUGAUGUUUUGCCUCUUUCCUUUACAUGGCACUCUUUGGUAGGUAAUCCAUAUUGGAUAUAGUGAUAAUGAGAGCGGUCCUUACGAGUGACAUGCAAUUCAACUUACUUCCUGUAUAUUACAGACUAGCAAAAAAAUGAUAAAAGCUCCCACUGCCUCCGUUGUCACUUUACAUUGAGAACUCCGUCCAAAUAAAAAUCAUUCCUACUGCUGGGUCACGAGAAGUGCUGCUGCUGGUGUUGGUCACUCUGAAACAGUAGCUAUUAACCUUGCUUUUGACACACUCUUCUGCAAGAGAACUCCUGACGCCCAUCUCUAGAAACAGCGGUGUCAUGACAACCAAAUGCAGUAAACACCUUCCUCCUGUUGUACGUUUUGAGAUAUUUAAAUCUGAAAUUCACUUGAAAUCAAGCCGUUCUUACCGAGGAUCCAUUCCUAAUUCGGAGUGAAGUCAUUAGAGAUUGUUCAUGUCAGGAUUUUCUCUUGGCUAAGAGGACAUGACUGUUUUUCCCCUGUUCCAUAGCUGCAAAGAACAGUAUGGGGAACUUUGCUGCUGUACAACCUGCUGUGAUUUUGAAGCAGGGGCAAUGCUGUGUUCUUACUAUUUUGUAUUUUCACUUGGUUUCUAUGUCAAUACAUCCUAUGUUCUCUUUCUGAUACUUAGUUUUAUAUGCAUAUACAGUAUAUAAAUAUAUAUAUAUAUUAUAUUACAUAUUUUUCUAUAUUUAUGUCUUAUUAUCCUGGGAGUGGUGUGAUUAUGUAAUCAUUCUGAGAUCAUACAAAUUAUGUUGAUGCUGACCUUUUGCAGUUGUAUUUCACAUUUACAAUGAGAAAACUAUCUGACUAACUUGAGUCUGCUUUGUGAGUAUUUAUACCCCAUGAAUAGGUCUUCUCAGCACAUUUACUAUUUAUCUAACUCUCAGAUCGGACAGGCUGUGACUAGGGUUACAUACAGGCUGCAGCUAAUUAUCUUACACAGUUAUUCUGACCGCAGGUUCUCACUGUUAGUAAAGAGUACGUGCAUCUGUCCUUUUACGUCACAACUUGUAAACCUGUUAUAAUAUUGCUAUAGAAAAAUACAAAUUAAAAUGUAAUUAAGUGUCUCUGCAAAAGGAAUUCAGAUGCAACAAAUUCUACAUAAUUCCUGGAUCAUUUAGCUGGAAAUGUAUGCCAAACGUUUACUUGAGCAAAUCAAUAAACUUAAAUAUUUAAAAACAACUGUACAUAAUUCAAAGCAAGAGCAUACUUGUCUGACGUGAUCGGAUUUUAAAGUGCCUCAUAUUGACCAAAUGUUCAAUUCUCAGUUGGUGCUUUCGGGCACCAUUAAGCUACGAAUAAAUGAGAAUUUUUAUUUAGAGAAAGAGAGAAAAAAGCUCUUAUUUUGGAGCAUUAACCUGCAUGUAAACCUAGUCUUUCUGGAGUCGAUUGUUUCAAAUGACAAUGACAGUAAUGCUUUUGUAACCUGUAAGAAAUCUUACCAGAAAAUAAUUCCAAAGCUGCUAAAAACCGUCCAUUCAGACCUUUAUAUUUACGGUCUGUUUUAAGCCUGUAUCUAUACUGAGUCAGAAUUUAUAGAUACAUAAUUACAUGUAUACAUCCUCUUUGAAGACAGCUUGAAGUGUUUUCUGAUGAGCAUUAAUGUGACCUCUCGUGGUAAAGUUUCAAACAAAAUGCUGUAAAAUGACGCAUUGUUUAAUUUUAGCACAUAUUACUGUAUUUGGAUCUGAGGUGGAUGCUUUCAGGCAGCACACCUUGAAAAAAAAAUAGUCUGAGAAUUUAAAAGUAUUGUAAAAAGUAUACAGUUGUGUACCGUGCCAUAAUAAAAGACAAACCUCUCUCCAGGUGAAUUAAGUCCUUUGUUGCUAAUUUUACACCCAUUGUGACCCAGCAGAGGUCCAUUCAUGCUCUCAACUACAUGUUGCUCUUAGGCUAGCUACCUAACCACAACCAUAAUAUUUUUUUUUUAUUUCCUAUAAGCCACUUUUUUUGCUGAAAGAAAAGCAGACCUGCAUUUUAUGGAGCAUUAUAUGGAAAUGUAGAUAAUGGGUGAGAAAAGACUGUUUCUUUCUUCCCCCGAGCAACUGCAGCUUGUUAUACAGUACCGAUGUCACUGUUUAAGAUAUCAGUGGUUAUUUUACAUUUUUACAUGAACCACAACAAUGCAAAUGUAUGUAUGGAAAUGAGGUUUCUUGUAUAUCUUGACUAGGUUUUCAAAGGUUUAAUUUAAAAUUGCUUCCUCUUUGAUUAAAUAAGCUGCCACACAGAGGCUUUGCCAGUCCUACAAGCUACAGUAUUUAACUUUAGACGUGUAGAAAGUCAGUUUUAGUCUUGUAGUAUGAAGAGGUUUUGACUAUAAAUUCAGAAAAAAUAGCUCCGUAAUAGAAGAAAUGGAGCGUGUAUAUGGCUGAUAUGGUUGUGGGUUAAAUACAUUAGUUUUGCAGCAGUUUCUAUGUUAAGUUUGUACUUUUAUUGGAUUUCCUUGGUCUAGUCUCAUAGCAACAUGUCGAGGCUUAUGAGUGAGUCGUGUCGACAGUAAACGAGGACAGUAAUAAGGCAGCAUAAAGUGAGUAUGUACCAUCACAACUUGUCAUUAUUCUGCUCAUAUAUAUUUUAUAUUUAUUUCAUUGAAUUGUGUAAUUUUAUUAAAACAAAAACACCUAAAUUAUUUUUUAUUUUACAUUCAUUUCUUUACAUGUUUUCUCAAUGAACUACCCUCAUGUACAAAUAAAGUCUGUAUUUGUUUCUGCUCUGAUUUAAAGUAUGGUAAAUUAUUCCUAUAAAUAAGUCUGCUGUGUCUGUUUUUGUACCUUCAAAUAAAGCUUUUUUUUUUCCUCA